AUGGCGCAACCGCUGCUCAAACAAGGCGCCAGAACUAACCUAGUCAAUGCCGAUGGGCAGACGGCUUUGGUCGCGGCCGCACACCAGGACAACCAUUGGAUGGUUGUGCUUCUGCUGGAAAGGGGCUGCGAUCCGGGGAUACAAGACACAAAUGGCCACACAGCGUUCUGGUACGCUGAGUUUAGAGGCUUCGAGGGAACAUUCCGGCUUCUGUUGGUCAGGGAAGUCGAUAUUGGCACCCGAGGUAGCCAGGGAUUCCAGGCCUUGUUUGCAGUUGCGUGGAUGGGACACGCGAGCAUUGUCAAGGCCCUUCUCGAUGCCAUCUUGGAUGCCCGACGGAAGCAAGCAGAAGCUGCCGACGACGGCUUUGAUGACGAGUCCAAAGACAAUAAAUCCAGUGCGCUCGUUGGCCGGACGCCCUUGUCAGUGGCUGCAGAGCAUGAGCGCCGCGAGACCGUCGAGGUCCUGCUUGCGAAACACGCCGUCAAGCCGGACUCCAAGGACCCAAGGGGGCGAAUACCGCUAUCAUACGCUGCGCAGAAUGGCCACGAGAAGGUCGCGAGGCUUCUCCUUGCCAAGUCCGGCGUCGACCCCGACUCCAAGGACGACCAAGGCAACACGCCACUUAUGGGGGACGAGCAAGUCGUGCGCAUGCUGCUCGCCAGGGGCAAUGUGAGGCCAAACCCGAGCGACGUGGAUGGCCAAACGCCGCUGUCGCUGGCGCUGGCCGGCAGGCAUAGGACAGUUGCUCGACUCAUUCUUGCCCAGGACGGCGUCGAUCUGCACUUUACAGAUGACUGA